UGAAGAUAAAAUAAUACCCUUUACAGUAAUAGUGUGAGUGAUCUCUUAAGCAUUCAAACUUUUUACACUAAAAAAAGAAGAUAGUAGUCAUACGACGUCGUAUCCAGUCGUGAUUCUUGACAUUUGGAAAGAGAAAACCGAGAGUUUCGACUUCAACUGCACUCUACUGUAGUUAUUUGAUCACUCUUUCCAUUUAUACCCUCAAAACAAUCAAUCCUCACAGUCCAAUUUUUCUGUCUUCCUUGCUUUAUUUUCUCAGGGAUAGGACUCUAGAUGGAUACAACUAACGAAAUAAAGGGCGAUUAUGCUCCCAUCAGAGAUCCAGAGCACCCACACUUGGGAAGAUUUGACAAGCCACUUCCAUGUUUUGGCUGCGGUAUUGGAUGGUUCUCUUUUCUGCUAGGAUUUUUAUGCCCAUUGAUGUGGUAUUAUGCUACAAUUCUCUACUUAGUAAAUUACUAUCGGAAGGAUCCAAGGGAACGUGCUGGACUCGCUGCUUCUGCUAUUGCUGCUCUGAUCUUCACAAUUACUGUGGUGAUAAUAUUCAGAUGAAGUCUUGUUUGGUAAAAGAAAAUAAAGCUUGAAAAUAGUUUUUUUGUUUUGUUUUGAAAAUGUGUAUAUAUUUUUGCAUUAAGAGAGAUUGACACUAUUACAGAAUGAUCAUAAAUAAAGUAAAAACACUUAAGCUUUAUAU